AUGUCACAGCAUCCAAAUGGUAUUAUUCCCCUGGAGCUCAUCUCUGUCAUUAUAAUAUGCACCGUCCUGUAUAUGAAACUGAUGAGAUGGCUGGAAACCAGGAACUAUUAUCGUUUGGUAGCAAAAGUUCGCUUGAGAAGGGAAGCAGCAUUCAAGAAAAUGAAAAAUGCUAUGAGUCAGAUUAAAGAAAUGGAAACCUACCAAGGAAACAGUGAUUCUGCCCACUUUUUCUCACUUCCUGAUCUCUGUAAAUCGAUAAACAAAGGGGAUAUAUCACCAAGUUACGUGUUACAUGCUUAUCUGGAGCAGGCUUUGGAGGCCACAAGAAAGUUCAACUGCAUUGUAGAUUUUCUUCCUGAAUGUCAAACACAACUUGCAGACUUGCAUAACGCAAAGAAAGGACUACUGUAUGGUAUUCCCGUCAGCAUCAAAGAAAGUAUUAACUACAAGGAUCAUGAUUCAACUUGUGGACUAAGGAAAUUCAUAAACAAACCAGCAAGUGAAGACAGUGUAAUAGUUAAAGUGCUGAAGAAACAAGGAGCAAUUCCAUUUGUGAAAACCAAUGUUCCUCAGACAUUACUCAGCUUUGAGUGUAGUAAUCCCAUUUAUGGACAAACCAUCAAUCCACUUAAUGCCAAACGGUCACCCGGUGGGUCAUCGGGUGGGGAAGCUACUUUGAUUGCAGCAGGUGGCUCCAUCCUUGGUAUUGGAACUGAUCUUGGUGGCAGCAUACGCUUUCCUGCUGCUUGCUGUGGAAUCUGUGGUUUCAAACCAACUUCAAAUCGAUUAAGCAAGAUCGGGUUGACAGGAAAUAUGGCUGGACAGAAAAUAAUUGAGUCAAUGGUUGGUCCAUUAGCCAAAGAUGUAGAUAGCUUGGCAUUGUGCAUGAAAGCUCUCUUAUGUGAAGAUAUGUUCCAUUUGGAUCCCACUGUGCCACCCAUUCCCUUCAAUGAACAGGUGUACACCAACACGAAACGAUUGAGGAUAGGUUAUUUUGAAAAUGAUGAGUAUUGGAUCCCGACCCCGAGCAUGAAGCGAGCCGUCCGGGAAACCAAGGAACUACUGGAAGAAGCUGGACACACGUUGGUAUCAUUCACACCACCAAAAGUGUACAAUGCUAUGAAUGAACUAGUUUUUCCGGGACUUCUUGCAGACAAGUGUGUUACGCUUAUGGAAAGCCUUAAAGGAGAUGUCAUAGAUCCCAAUAUGAAGUAUCAGAUAUCCAUAUGUUCUUUGCCUGAAGCAAUGAAAAAGUUCUUGUAUUACAUUCUGAAGCCUUUUACCUACCGUGAUGAGUAUUUGGAUGCAUGGAGAAAGCACAACAUUGAAGUCCUACUCUGUCCAUCGAUAGGUCCUGCUUUUAAACUUGGGUGUGGUGGAAAACUGUCAGCUGCAUCCAGCUAUACAAUUAUUUUCAGUUUAUUAAAUUGUCCUGCGGGGGUUGUGCCAGUUACCAAGGUAACAGAAGAGGAUGAGGAAGAACUGCAGAUUUAUAAAGGCUAUAUAAAUGAUUUCUGGGACAAAGUUUUCAAAAAGGGUGUGACAGGAGGUGUUGGUCUCCCUUUAUCUGUACAGUGUGUGGCCUUACCCUGGCAAGAUGAGCUCUGUCUUUGUUUCAUGAAGGAGGUUGAAAGACUGGUCAGAGAGAGAAAAGGAUCCCUGGAGCCACUGGGUCAGAGUCGCCAAAGUAUUGAUGCAUGA